UCUCACUGUCUCUUCGGAAGAAUUGUCGUGCGGGUUCUUUCCUCGAAACCGGUGCCUCGCAAAAACGAAAAAGUAGGACGAGACAUUUGUGUAUUGUGAGCCUCUCUCAUGAAUAUGAAUGCGCAAUCGUCCGUCUGUCUCUGUGUGUGCAUGUGUGUGCGUCUUUCUUUCUCUCUCUUUCUCUCUCUCUCUCUCUCUUUGAAGUUGGCUAUCUAUUAUCUCGUUUAACGAGAUAUACACGCGAGCGUAGUAAAUAGACACAAGAGUAGACAAAUGCGAUUUGUGCAUCUACCAGUCCGGGAAUAAAUUAUUCUGGAAUUUAGAGCUCUCUCGGGAAAACAAUUCGUUUCUCGGAGUGUCACGAGAUUUGCAUUUGCUCUUUUUCUCUCUCUCUCUCUCUGUCUAUCUAUCUAUCUAUCUAUCUAUCUAUCUCUCGGUGCGUACAUACUUUCAAUGUUGGUUGCGUGACAAAGUCCUUGAUAUAACGCGCGCACGUGUACUCCUAUUCUCGCGUUUCGACAACGAAAACAGCGAUAAGUGUGAAAAAAAAAAAAGUCCAAGUGUCAAUCAGAUGUAUAUCUGAUUGAGUCAAUUAACGUACUGGUGCGUAUCUUCAACGAGCAAGUGAAUCAGGUUAGAUAAAUGUUGAGAAGCCAGCUAUGUACAAUCUGAAUGUGAACGUGAAUCCCAGCCCGCCUGGGACGGGUCUCCUCGGUGUCACAGCGGGAACGACCGAGGUCACGCCGAGGACACCAGAAAUCGUAAACUCGCUGAUCGCCAUGACCAAUCCCUUCGAGGGCUACGGCAGCAGCAACGAGAGGAGCAUGCGGGAUCGUACGGAUUCGACCAGCAGCGGCGAGCCGAGCCCGCCCAGCGUUCAACACACCUGUAGUCAACUCAUCAAGGAAGGGUUGAAACUGACGCUGCAGACGAAGAGGCGGGCAACCGGAAGCGGCGACGACAGCAAAAAGAAGACAAAGAGAGAAGACGGCAGCGGUGCCGACGACGAGGAGGAGGACGAAAUGAGUAACAACAACAACAAGAGUGGCGAAGUAAAAAGAGGCCGACGUCAAGAUAGAAAAAAAGUGCACGAUCCUUGUGAUUUGCAGCUGACGCCGGAGGAUGAGGAGCGGCGUCGGCGGCGGCGCGAGCGCAACAAGAUAGCGGCGACUAAAUGCCGGUUGAAGAAGCGCGAAAAGACGGUGAUACUCGUGCAGGAAUCCGAGAUCCUUGAGAAUCAAAAUCACGACUUGAAGUCCCAAAUCCAAGAGCUGGAGACUCAGAGGCGCAAGCUAGUCGACAUGUUGAGCCUUCACAGUCCGACUUGCAUGAAGCAGGGCGCGGACGCGACCGCCUACCAACAGUUCGCCGAACCUCUUCCGCUUCCCGGUUAUCAGGAGAACUUCGUGCAGCAGCAACCUCCGCCGGCUCUGAACCAGCCGCAGAAUUGCGUCACCGAAUAUCCGGUGAAGGUCGAGGAGUACGAGACCGAUUUCUAUCGACAAAGCAGUCCUUUUGUGUCGACAACAUCGGACGCCGGUUGCACAGUUUAGCGGAACUGUGAAAAAUCGGUUUUCUCUCGUCGUUUCUUUUGAGAAAACGGGGAGGGGGGAUCGUCGAGAAGCCCGGAACGUGAGCGUAAUUAUUCUAGAAGAAGAGGAGGAGCGUUCGGUGAAAAUUUACAGAAUAAUUAUCGAUCAAUGUCAGAGAAAGUUCCACUAGCAAUUAGAACUGCUGUUUCAUUUACACGACAAAAAAUUUUCGACAAAACUAGCUGAUUAAUUUGUUAUCACAUUUGUUAUCGGUCAAAAAAAAAAAAAAAAAUCCGUUUUACACUUCAGCUUUGCGGUAAAGAUGAAGUAUAAAACUUUAGUUUUUGUUUUUCUGUUUUAUAGUUCUGUAAGUUAAAAAUUAGAAAACUAAAGAUUUUUGUAAUAAAAAUUAAUCGAUGUUAGUGAGAAGAGACGACUCCGAGUAAAUAAUCUAAAUUAAUUUUAAGAAUCUUUUUAAUUUGUAUUUAGUUCAGCUUUUCGAUAUCGUUCACACACUGCCCGUAUGCCUGCAGGACAAAUCCUUAUCGAAAAUUUCACGUCACAACUUUUGUGCGUACUUUGCAAAACGAAAUCAAAAAGAAAUUCUAACAUCUAAAUAUUAGAUUGUUAUGUUUUAAUUACGCGUGUGUAGAGUUGUUACAAUUUGAGUAAUGUAUUUUGUUCUACGAAGCGAUUGAUGUCACGUGACAAAGGCAGGAUUACAUGCAUUCCACUUACGAAGAUAUCAAAGAAUAAAAAGCGUGCUAAUUUUGAUGAUUUAUUUUUUUAUUACAUUUUAGUUUUUUAUUAUUUUAUUAUAUUUUAUUAGUUUUUAAAUUGUUUUUUUGUUUGUUUGUUUUUUUUUUUUCAAACGAACGAUCCGUGCUUCUCUCCGCGUUUUCCCUCCCGGUCCGUAACUCUGUAGCGUGUAAGUAUCGAUUAUAGUAUUGUAAACGCGAAAAAUGAUUUUUACCUUUUUGUCUUCCCUCCUUUUGUCGUUCAUCCAUCCGACCUUUCUUCUCGCCGUUUAUUCCCGUUUUACUCUUUCCUCUUCUUGUUUUUCUUUAACGAGCUCACGGUAUACUCGAAAAAGAAACGUUCGAACGUACAGAACGCUUGAAAAAAACAUUCCUUCGUAACAAACCGUACUACGACAUUCUUUAAGGCCUUAUUAAUUAAUGUAUGAUUGAUAUAAUGUAAGUCGCAAAAACAAAGCAAAGAGUACACACGAAAUACCCGGUGUAGUAAGUUCGUCAUUGAUAUUGAUGAUGAAAUCAAUAAUACAUUUGUAUUCAGAGGAUACUUAUAAUGAGAUAACGAGCGAUAUUUAAUGUUAUUGUACGUAUACAUAUUUUAUAUACAAAAAAAACGCAUAUUUAAUACGCAAAAAAUAGAUAUAUAUAUUAUAUACGCGCGUAGGUGUGGUCCCCCACCUUCUCAAAAAUUUCACACACAGCACUACUUUACGAAAUUUUCAUAUUUAUGUAAUAACUUAUAUAAGAACUUUUUCUCUUACAAUGCACAAUAUAUAUUGUAGACGAACUGUUUUUGAAAUAUUCUUAUCGCAAAUUAUUUAUUGCUUAAACGAUUGCUUGUUUCAAAUUCGGAAGUAUUUCUCUCAGUGAUGACACGGCAUAUUCUUGGGGGAGUGCACUAUGUGUCUAUGUUACGCGUGCAAGAGUGAUUACGCAUUGUAUAAAUAAGUAUAAAUAAGUAUACACGCCAUUAACAAAUAACGACCAGUUUAAUUAUACGACGAGUAUUAAGUAUGAAAAAUUUUUGUUAGAGAAUCGAGAAUAUCACGUGCCUAACGAACAUAUACCUCAAUUUGUUAUCUCCUCCUCCGUCAUUGCGUAUAUGCAGAUUUAAUAUUUUAUUACGAUCGAGACUUGAAACCGAGCUCAUAAAUGUUAUAGCAUAAAUUGAUAAAACCAAUAGAAAUUAUAUAUAUUAUAACGUAGAAUACAUAGAGCGUAUAAUGAAAAAAAAAAAAAAAAAGAAACAUUUUCGCUACAAAAAUCUAACAUCGAAGACUUUCCCGGCGCUUUGCGGGCGAAGCAAAGCGGGACGAAGUCUUUCGCGUUUUUUUUUUCUUACGUGCCUCAUUAUUAAUCUCUUGAUUACUAGUCACUUUUUACAUCUGGAUUGAAAUAUUAUGAAUCAAAUUUGAACCACGAUUCAAAAAAACUACUACUUCGUUGUACCUCGGUAACUUUACAAAGUAACCCUCGUGCAAUUGUGUGAAAAAGAAAUGUGUAGUUUGUAUUUUUUAUUACUCGAAUGCUGUGGCUUCUAUACAUGUACUAUACCUAAGAACGCCUCUUUUCUUUGUUUACAUCUAUCAUCAUGUAUAAAUUUCUCUUUUAGAAAGUAAGAGUUUGGAACAAAGUUAAAUUGCGAAUUAAAUAAAAUACUUGCAUAUUAGAUAAGAAUUGGGAUUAUUGUAAGACACAUAAGUAUAAUUGUUCAACGGCUGAUUACGCUUUUCUACGCCACGCGACUGCUUUUUUUUUUGCAAAAAUGAUAUACGUUGUUAACAUGUUGCGAAUAAAGAGAGAUAGAGUAAAAUCGAGAAAAUUGCCAGCAAACUAUAUAUAUUUUUGUACAAUCUAGAGAAAACUUCUAGUUAUUUUUGAAAAGAUUUCUUCACGCAACGCUAAAGAAUAAUCCGAACUCUCAAAUGAGCUUCUAAUAUGUUUGAAUUUUAUCAGGAAAUUUUUCUCGAAACAAACUUUGUUAUGAAAAGAAUGAUAUGUAAUAAAAUAUCACACAAAUCACCAUAACAAUCCGGUUUUUAUUAUUAGUUUAUUUAUAAACUUUCUUUAAUAAACAAUGAGCAAUAAUUAAAGUAGCGAAAGUCACUCGGGACUGACCCGACACACACACCUUAUUACCUAUAUAUGUUGUAACAAUAUUUUUUUUUUUUUCAAAUUUUAUAUUAAACUUAUCUCCAUAUUGUCAAAUAACUUCUUAAGGAAGAUAUAAUUUUUAAGAAUUGGACAAUUGUAGAGACAUUUUAUUAUAAAAUUCACAUUAAUAUGUAUAUUAUGCAUACAUGUCUCUUUCACUCAUCAUUCACAAAUAAUAGAUGCACUCUUUUGUAUCAUAAAUAAAAGACAGAAACAUACAACGAAGACAGAAGACAUUUUAUGAAAUCCUUAUAAUUAAUAUCCUCAGGACUACAUCUCA